CGCUAGUAGCGUACGUGCUGUGUUGUACGUAGCCAUAUGCACGCAGGGAGAGUGAGAGGAGCAUGAAUGGAGCAAAAUGGCGGAUCAUGUGCAGAGCCUAGCCCAGCUAGAGAUCCUGUGUAAGCAGCUGUACGAGACGACAGACACGAGCACGCGACUGCAGGCUGAGAAAGCGCUUGUCGAGUUCACCAACAGUCCAGAGUGUCUGAGUAAAUGCCAGCUGCUGCUGGAGAGAGGCAGCUCGUCUUAUUCUCAACUGUUAGCAGCUACGUGCCUCUCCAAGCUGGUGUCUCGGACAAGCAACCCUCUGCCACUGGAACAGCGCAUCGAUAUCCGUAACUACGUGUUGAACUACCUGGCGACGCGGCCGAAGCUCGCCGCGUUUGUCACUCAGGCUCUGAUUCAGCUCUACGCUCGAAUCACUAAACUCGGCUGGUUCGACUGUCAGAAGGAGGAUUACGUCUUCAGGAAUGUCAUCGUGGACGUCACGAGAUUCCUGCAGGACAGUGUUGAGCACUGCAUUAUCGGCGUCACGAUUCUUUCUCAGUUAACGAAUGAGAUUAACCAAGUAAGUUCCUCCGCCAUCCUACAUGAUGCCGAUACGACGCAUCCGCUUACAAAACACAGGAAGAUCGCGUCGUCGUUCAGAGACUCGUCUCUGUUCGACAUCUUCACACUUUCCUGUAAUCUUCUUAAACAGGCAUCAGGAAAGAACCUGAACCUGAACGAUGAAGGUCAGCACGGUUUGCUAAUGCAGCUCCUGAAGCUCGCUCACAACUGCCUCAACUUCGAUUUCAUCGGCACGUCCACGGACGAGUCCUCGGACGACCUGUGCACCGUCCAGAUCCCCACCAGCUGGAGAUCAGCCUUUCUAGACUCGUCGACUCUGCAGCUGUUUUUCGAUCUGUACCAUUCCAUCCCUCCAUCCCUCUCUCCUCUGGUUUUAUCAUGCUUAGUUCAAAUCGCAUCAGUCCGGCGUUCGCUGUUCAACAACGCAGAGCGAGCGAAAUUCCUUUCACAUCUCGUCGAUGGCGUUAAGAGAAUACUGGAGAACCCACAGAGUUUAUCAGAUCCGAAUAACUACCAUGAGUUUUGCCGCUUGCUGGCCCGACUGAAGAGUAACUAUCAGCUUGGCGAGUUGGUGAAGGUGGAGAAUUAUCCAGAAGUUAUCAGACUUAUCGCCAACUUUACUGUCACCAGUUUACAGCACUGGGAGUUUGCGCCCAACAGCGUUCACUACCUGUUGAGUCUGUGGCAGCGCUUGGCCGCGUCCGUGCCCUACGUUAAAGCCACAGAGCCUCACAUGCUGGAGACAUUCACGCCCGAAGUGACCAAAGCUUACAUCACGUCCCGUCUGGAGUCCGUGCACAUCAUCCUGAGGGACGGGAUGGAGGACCCUCUGGACGAUGCCGGUUUGGUGCAGCAGCAGCUGGAUCAGCUUUCCACCAUCGGCCGCUGCGAGUACGAGAAAACCUGCGCGCUUCUCGUCCAGCUGUUCGACCAAUCAGCUCAGUCCUACCAAGAACUCCUCCAAUCAAACUCCAGCAGCAUGGACACUGCCGUACAGGAAGGUCGUUUAACGUGGUUGGUGUACAUCAUCGGGGCAGUCAUUGGGGGCAGGGUGUCCUUCGCCAGCACAGACGAGCAGGACGCCAUGGACGGAGAACUUGUGUGCCGUGUCUUGCAGCUGAUGAACCUGACAGAUUCUCGACUCGCGCAGGCCGGAAACGAGAAACUCGAGCUCGCCAUGCUCAGCUUUUUCGAACAAUUCCGCAAAAUCUACAUCGGCGACCAGGUGCAAAAAUCCUCGAAGCUGUACCGGCGGCUUUCAGAGGUGCUGGGACUCAACGACGAGACGAUGGUGCUCAGUGUGUUUAUCGGCAAAAUAAUCACUAAUCUGAAGUACUGGGGACAGUGUGAACCAAUCACAUCCAAAACACUACAGCUUCUCAAUGAUCUCUCCAUCGGGUACAGCAGUGUGAGGAAACUUGUGAAGCUCAGCGCCGUCCAGUUCAUGCUAAACCACCACACAAGCGAACACUUCUCCUUCCUGGGUGUGAACAAUCAGUCCAAUCUGAGCGAUAUGAGAUGCAGAACUACGUUUUACACAGCAUUAGGACGCCUGCUCAUGGUUGAUCUGGGUGAAGAUGAGGAUCAGUUCGAGCAGUUCAUGCUCCCUCUGACUGGCGCCUUUGAAGCCGUCGCACAGAUGUUUAGCACGAACACCUUCAAUGAGCAGGAAGCCAAGAGGACGUUGGUGGGUUUAGUGAGGGACCUGAGAGGUAUCGCCUUUGCCUUUAAUGCCAAAACCAGCUUUAUGAUGCUUUUUGACUGGAUCUACCCAUCGUACAUCCCCAUCCUGCAGCGAGCUAUAGAGCUGUGGUAUCACGUUCCAGCCUGCACAACACCUGUGCUCAAACUCAUGGCUGAGCUCGUCCAUAACCGGUCUCAGAGGUUACAGUUCGACGUGUCCUCGCCAAACGGGAUCCUGCUGUUCCGAGAAACGAGCAAGAUGAUAACGACGUAUGGAAACCGUAUCUUGACUCUGGGUGAAGUGCCGAAGGAACAGGUCUACGCUCUAAAGCUGAAGGGAAUUUCCAUUUGUUUCUCCAUGCUGAAAGCCGUGCUCAGUGGAAAUUACGUCAACUUUGGCGUUUUCCGUCUCUACGGCGACGAUGCACUCGAUAAUGCUCUCCAAACCUUCAUUAAACUGCUGCUGUCAAUCCCACACAGCGACCUACUGGAUUAUCCAAAGCUCAGUCAGUCAUAUUACUCUUUGCUGGAGGUGCUGACGCAGGACCAUAUGAACUUUAUCGCCAGCCUCGAACCCCACGUCGUCCUCUAUAUUCUGUCAUCCAUAUCAGAAGGACUCACGGCUCUCGACACGAUGGUAUGUACAGGCUGCUGUUCGAGUCUCGAUCACAUAGUGACGUAUUUGUUCAAGCAGCUGUCACGCAGCACCAAGAAGAGAGCAGCUCCCAUGGCUCAGGAGAGCGACCGCUUCUUCCACAUCAUGCAGCAGCAUCCGGAGAUGAUCCAGCAGAUGCUCUCCACUGUACUGAAUAUCAUAAUCUUUGAAGACUGCAGGAAUCAGUGGUCCAUGUCUCGGCCUCUGCUCGGCCUCAUCUUACUAAAUGAGAAGUAUUUUGCAGAUUUAAGAAACAGCAUCGUGAACAGUCAGCCUCCGGAGAAACAGCAGGCCAUGCACUUGUGCUUUGAAAAUCUAAUGGAGGGUAUCGAGCGCAACUUACUAACUAAAAACCGCGACAGGUUUACGCAGAAUCUUUCAGUAUUUAGGAGAGAAGUGAACGACUCCAUGAAGAAUUCCACGUACGGUGUCAACAGCAACGACAUGAUGAGCUGACAUUCCACUCCGCUGCAGGCACCGCCCACUCAACUCAACCCCGCCUCUGGGGCCCACAGGCCCCUCCCACUCUCCUCCCCCCACACACUCCACUCUUCCUUCCUCCCUUUUUAUAUAUACACAUAUAAAUAUAUACAUAUUUUAAAGCCAGUUUCCAGAACCCAUGAGAGCAAGGAACGGUGUGUAUUGGGGGUGUGGAGUUGUGCGUGUGUGUGCGCGUGCGUGUGUGCGUGCGUUUGUGUGUGCGUGUGUAUGGAUCGGAACAGGGUUGGGCUAUGUGUUUGAGAGAAUGUAGUGUCUUAAUUGCAAUGAUAUGGAGAUAUAGAUUGGCAUCAUGUCUUUAGAGUGUGUGGUGUGUUUGUUUGUUUGUUUUCCUUUUUUUUUUUUUUUUUUCAGCUCUUUGGGGUAAUAAGUGAGGUGGGAAGUUUGUGUGAUUGAGUGUGUGUGUGUGUGUGUGUGUGUGUUUGAGGGGGAAGGGGGCAAGCUGCUCUGCUUCUGCCUGCCUUGUAUAGAAACACGCAAGAGGAGAAAAAGUGUACAUUUUUUUUGUCAUAACAAUUUUUGAUGAUGUUUAUAAUGAUUAAAGAAUUAAGGACAAAAAAACUAAACAAAAUGUGUGAUUGGAUAAAAACCAGAUCUUUUUACAGUGUAGUUAGUGCAGCUGUGCUGAAAGUGUGGCUUGUCUGUGUGGAGAGAUGGCAUGACUGAUGGAGAUGAUCUUUGUUUGUGGUGAGAAUUGGGUAAUUAGAAGAUUUACAGGUUUUAAAUGAUGUACAUUUUCCUCUAAACAAACCUGAAGUAAGAGAGAAAAAAAGCGCCAGAGACUGUAAAUAAAUAUUUUUGACGUGCAGCAAUGCCUGUUCGUGGCCACAAGGGGGCACUUGUGUGACGAAUCAGUUUGUUAAAGUAAUGUCUUUCAUUAACAGGUCUUAAAGCAAUCUAUAGUGUUUGUCAUCUUCGUUUAAAGUCAUUGUGCUGCUUUUAGCCACCCGAGUUGAGUUCCCCUGUUUACCCAGAAGUGUGUUUUUAUUUUUAUUAUUAUUAUUAUUAUUGCUUGACAAAUUUCUGUUACAGAAAUCUCUAUUCCAUUCCCACUUUGUCAUCCAUGUCCUCAUUAUCCAGGAAGGUAAAUUAUUAAGGGAAUAAAAAUUUAUUUGAGCAUGGACAAUCAAAUGUUAGCAUAAAUAUUUAUUGCUUCUGUUUAAGCUUCCAUUUUUUUUAAUCACUCAGUGCUUUAAAUAGAGAACCAAUCAGAUUGAAAUUCCAUCUGAGCUAUCCAGCUGACUCGAUCCCUCAUCUAAGGAGCUGAAAUGUCAUCAGGAACAGGAGUUAAACAAGGGGAAGUCAACACGGGCGAGUUAAGAACAGAAAUGGGACGUAUGGCCAACCGACUCUGUGUCUAGGGUCUUUUGAGAAGUGUAACGUUCAAGAUGACUCGUGUUUGUGGAUACAUUAGAUCAGCCUUCACUUGUUUUCUCACUGAACACUUUUUUUCCCCCACAGACUGGUGCCCCUUUACAGGUUGCAACUGUGUACUUUAAAAAUAAAACACAACUUGGUACUAAGCAUUGUUAAAGCAAGAGCUGAUCACACUUGCCAGUUUUCCUCUAGCUUGCCCCUUACCCCUUUACCUCUCUUUACUUUAUUUUUUUUCCCCUCUGAAGAAUUCCAUUUCAUUUUAAAAGCAACAAAGAAAUUGUGCAUCAGAAAUAUGAUAGAUUUACAGAACCAGAAUGGAAUAUUUUUAGCGACGAUAUUGUGCUACUUCUCAACAUGCUGCUGCUAACUGUUUGUGAAGAACUAGCUCAUCUCUUUAACUAUGUUCAACACUCAAUUACGUUUUCCUUAUUCUUUUGGGGGGGGGGGGGGCGAUCCCUGAUAUGAAUGUGUCUGUUUGGCGUGUGUGUGUGUGUGUGUGGAGUCCUUUCUGCGUGAUAAGAUAGCUGGUUGAAUUGUUUGGAUGUCUGCUACAUAUAGUGUAAGCAUUGUGACUGCAAAAUAAACGU